AUGCCCAUUCUUGCUUCGAUAAUCCUUAGACUGAUGCUAGAUAAACAGAGUUUACCGUCAUUUGAUAAUUUGAUGAUUGUCAUUCUUCAUAUGGUGAAGACAGAGAUUGGGACAUAUCUUGCAUCAAUUAUCUUGGUUGAGAUUUGUGAUUUUUGUCAAUGUGUAAGUGCAAGUAAAUCCCCUAGCGCUAAUAUGAUAAAACCUGAUGUAAUGAUCUUUAACCUUGUUCUUGAUGCUUGUGCGAGGUUUGAAUCAUCUUUCAUGGGCCAACAAAUUAUGGAAUUGAUGACACAAGUUAGGGUUGUAGCUGAUGCACACACUAUUGUUAUUAUUGCCCGGAUCUACGAGAUGAAUGGUCAGAGGGAUGAGUUAAACAAAUUUAAGAAUCAUAUUGUUCAUGUUCCAAUGUCUUUGGUGCCUCAUUAUCAGCAGUUUUAUGAGAGUUUACUGAACUUGCAUUUUAAAUUUGAUGAUAUUGAUGCUGCUUCUGCACUUAUUUUGGAUAUUUAUAAAUGUCGGGAGUCUCUACCUUUUAAACAAGAUAAGAUGAGCUUGGAAUUGAUGACACAAGUUAGGGUUGUAGCUGAUGCACACACUAUUGUUAUUAUUGCCCGGAUCUACGAGAUGAAUGGUCAGAGGGAUGAGUUAAACAAAUUUAAGAAUCAUAUUGUUCAUGUUCCAAUGUCUUUGGUGCCUCAUUAUCAGCAGUUUUAUGAGAGUUUACUGAACUUGCAUUUUAAAUUUGAUGAUAUUGAUGCUGCUUCUGCACUUAUUUUGGAUAUUUAUAAAUGUCGGGAGUCUCUACCUUUUAAACAAGAUAAGAUGAGCUUGGAAUUGAUGACACAAGUUAGGGUUGUAGCUGAUGCACACACUAUUGUUAUUAUUGCCCGGAUCUACGAGAUGAAUGGUCAGAGGGAUGAGUUAAACAAAUUUAAGAAUCAUAUUGUUCAUGUUCCAAUGUCUUUGCAACAAAGCAUUGCCAAGCUCAUCAUAAGAUACAAGAAAUCUGGGAGGAUCAAAGAGUUUUCAGAAGUUUUAAGUAGCAUUCAAAACAAGUUGGGUUCAUUGGGAGAAGCAAGUUUGUGCUCUGAUGUGGUUGCCGCUUGCAUUCAUCUGGGGUGGCUGGAGAAUGCUCAUGACAUAUUGGAGGACUUGGAAUCGGCAAGGACUCCUCUGGCCUCUGGUUCGUAUUCUUCACUUCUCACACUUUAUUACAGGGUAAAGAUGUUUAAGGAAGCAGAGGUAUUGCUAAAACAAAUCCAGAAGGCUGGAUUCCAUAUGAAAAUGUUUGAUGAGGUGGUUUCUCUUGAUUAA